AGAAAAUAUCUGGUAAGUAUAUAUGGAUGCAACCUAAUAUGCAUUUCUCUGACCAUCUGAACUUUUCACUUGACUUUAUCUCCUCUAAGUAAAUGCUUUUCCCAACACCAAUUAAGAUGGACUGUUGAAGAACGCUGAAGAUAUUACAGCUUAAAUCAAGUUCAGUGGUAUUACUGUUUAUCGAGAUCACAUUGGAUGUACAUCAGUUCCCCCUAAACUUAACUUAUAAACGUCUCUAUUUUGUUUUCGAUUCCCAGAUUUUAUAACAGAGUGUAAAUACUACGGACUAUCAAAAGUAUUCGAAGCACAACACGAAUAUCUGUAUAACCGGGUAGAAAAGUGAACGGAUUUACCUCACUCAGCCUAAUGAACAACACUAAUAGUACUAGUGUGAUGACAUCUAACGUGGCGUCGUCUGUAUCAAAUGAAGUUGUGGUUUCAUCUAGUGCAGGUUUAUCGACGAAUUUCAUCUCUUCCAAUGGUCUGGUAUCUACAUUGUCAACCGGAGUCAUCAGCACAAUGGAUAAUGAAGAUACACAACUUGUGAAUGCAAUAUCGAAUUGUGGUAAUCCUGUAACAGAUGUUUGCACUAAAGAUUUGAAUGAUGUUGAAGGGAAAAGUAUGCUGGAUCAAAUCAAUUCACAUCAAGUUGUUUCACUGGAAGCAGCUGUGGCAGCGGCUGCGGCUGCCCUGGCAGUAUCUACAAAGAACUCUACGAUAAUAUCGCAAGGUCCCACUUAUAGUGGGAGCUUAAAUAAUCCUCUCCAUUUAUCUAAGCUACCUGCAAGUGAUAUCAAUCUCAGUGUUCAUACAGGAGAAAAGUUAGAAACAAGCUAUUCCCUAACUUCACCAACCGUCUCCAUAACGCAGAACCAAAAUGCCCAAUUAUUUUCUUUGAGUGGAGAGCUGAACUUACCAAUGAUUACUUCAGCUGCGAUUACUUCUAUCCAUUCUCCUACGUUAACUAGUUGUGGCUUGAAUUCAGGAGCAGCAGCCGCUCUAGCAGCGAAUUUGGUCAGUGUUGGGCCCAAGCGUUUACAUGUGUCCAACAUACCAUUCAGGUUUCGGGAAGCUGACCUACGUCAACUUUUAGGGCCAUUCGGUACGAUUUUGGAUGUGGAAAUUAUCUUCAACGAACGUGGAUCAAAGGGUUUUGGCUUCGUCACCUUUGCAACAGGCGAAGAAGCUGAUCGUGCGCGAGAGAAUUUAAACGGAACUGUAGUUGAAGGCAGGAAAAUUGAGAUUAAUAACGCUACUGCACGUGUAAUGACGAAGAAGAAGUCUGAAUCACCAACGCUCUUAAAAACCGCAACAACACUUCGAGGUGUUAGAGCUCUUGUACCAAGUACAUCUUCAACUGCUGCCAUAGCUGCCGCUGCUGCAGCCUUGCGUGGUGCUGCCGGGCUUACUGGAGGGUUACCAAUGGUUUCUAUGUCAACUCCAGGAAAUCUUGCAUCAAUGGUUGUUGCCUCAGGUAUUGGUGGAAUCUUGCAGAAUCCAGCCACUUUCUCGGCUACAGCACCCACACUAACAAAUAUCGCUGCGAUGCCAUCAUGCAAUUCUCUUAAUGCUAACCAAGCUUUAUUAGCAGCUGCAAUGGCUAGUGCGUCAGGUGCACCCGUGAAUUACAAUCCAGCAGCUGCAGCUGCAUUCUGUUUAGCUGGAGCCGAUCCAAACACCGCAGCACUGCUGGCCAGUUAUGCAGCAGCAGCAUUUGGUGGAAUAGGUAAUGCAAGCAAUGGAUGUUUGGUCAACAAUAAUGGAAAUGCUAGUGGUAAUACACCUUCGACUGUCAUCCAAACCUUUGGAUCACCGUCACAAGCAGCUAGUUUGACUAAUUCCCUGGCAGCCAUGGCAAUGCUUCCUCAGACCGUACCCCUUUUGGGAUCAAGUGCACCUGCACCACUGGUUCAGUGGUUCGAUCCUAGUUCAAAUAUGGGAGUUGAACUUGAAUUACAGCAUCGUAUCCAACAGCAACAGCAGCAAAUCCAGGCAAACCAAAGAGCUCUAGCCGCAGCCGUGGCAGCUGGCUUUACUCCUGUUAGUCUUUCUGUCAAUAAUCCCAUUGAUAGCUUGACAGGAUCAAUUUCCGGUAACACAGUUGGGUUGUGUGGAAACUUAUCACCAUCUCAGGCAGCUGCAGCUGUAGCUGCCAACAUGCUGAGAGCUUUUUCAAAUUCAUCAACUUCACUUAAUCCUAAUAAUUUGACAUCCAACCGGUCUGGAACAAAUAACCCAAAUGUACUCGUCAGCUCUGCUUCUGGUUCACAAAAUGUGUCCGCUGUGCAGAUACAGACGAAUGGUAGUUACACUUCAGUUUCCUCUGGUCAAGCUUCAGUUAGCGGAUCAAAUGCGUCAGGAAUGUCCCAGGCUUCUCUUUCUGGAACAAAUCAAUCUGUGAUGGCUGCAGCUUCUCAACAUUUUCCUACACAGACGUCUGUUAGUCCAACAGUUAUGUCUUACCUGCCGGAUUUAAAUGCAGCCGCCGCCGCCGCAGCAGCAGCUAGUAUGGAUCCCUAUUUAAACAGACUUGCAGCUGGCUAUGCACUAAACAAUGCAGUUGUCACCACACCUGCAAUUUAUCGAACAAAUUCAAGUUAUCAACGUUUCUCGCCUUAUUAAAGUGGAUUGUAUGCUCCACCUGUCUUUAUUUUUUAUUCAGUUAUGCUAAGUGGGAUGUCUUAAUUUAAAUUAUAUUGUUUAUUUCCUUUGAAUCUGAUUAUGCAAUUAUGAUUAUUUGCUUGUGUGUUUGUUCGCUUUUAUCUGUUUAUUUGACUUUAGUUUUUGGUGUGUUUUGCUUGGUUAGAAAAAUCGAUUUGGCAUAUAAAAAGAAUGAACUGACUGGUGAAUAACAUCAGUUGCUUAUUUCAUUGUGUGAUUAGCAAGGCUUUCACUAGACACUUAUAUUGAAUGUUGACAUUUGGUUAUGUUGUAUGCAAACUGGGUGGAAAGAAAAAAAAAUAACCGAACAUAUAGAAAAAAAACCACGUGAAUGUAACACUUUGAAAUGUAUUCAAUGAAAUCCACUAUCUACUUACAUUUUCAAACUGCUUGCAUUUUCUUCUUCCAAGAAGUGACAGUUAAUCGUGUUUGUUUAUUAUAAGGUUAACAAAAACAGUUUUCUGGGCACUUUUGUUCUGUGAUUGGUGCAUGCGUUAUGUUCCUGCAAUGCGAUUACCAUCGGUAUUGUUAUUUAUGCAGCUUUCGAUUUUGUCUGUGAAUCAUUCGACAGGCACAUGCUCAUGUAUGUCCACCUGUGUUUUGUACAUAGAAAUCAAAUUUGUUUUCAACGAUUAUUUAAAUGAUUAAAAUGAUAACGAUUGUACUUCUUUCAUUGUAUCUAGAAAUCUUGAUUAUUAGCAUUUAGAGUUGUGCAUAUGCCUGAUAAAUUGAACUUGACUUUUCUGUCCCUUCUGCUGUUUACGUUUAUCCCAUAUAUACACUUUGGUCACUUCUAUGCAAUAAUCAAGUUCAUUGAAUGCUUUAAUACUUACUAGUGAUGUCAUGUUCCCUCAUUUUUUGUUUUUUGCUGAAGUUAUGAUGUAAACUGUUUUGUAAGGUGAGAUAUACUUCUAUGUAUAUCACUUUUUUUUUUCAUGUAAAUGAAACUUAGGUUUGUUGUGCUUAUAUGUUUGUUCGUUCGCCUGUUUGCUUAGUAACACUUCACUAAUAAUUUGAAAAAUACCAAACAGCAACGUGUCAUACUUACAUAAGCAUGAGGUAUGUUUGUAUUAUUUAUUAUCAAUUUAUAUAACCUCUGAAAAGUUUUCUGUAGGUGAUCCUGCAUCUUACUUUUCCACUAAUUUUCGCCUUUUCAAAAAAUUCCAACCAAAUUUGCUUGAAAUUUCACUUUUCAUUAAAUUACUUGAAAAUUUGUAGUAUCUCCAGUCAUUUCCACUUUCUUUAUUUAUUUCAAAAAUUUCUGAACCAAGUUAACUUUGUUAAGUCCCGUGAUUCCCCUGAAUAACUGAAUCAAAGAAUCAGUUCAUGACUGCAAUAGUAAUGUGAUUAUCCAUGAACUCACCAACCGCUUGAUUUUGUUUUUUAUUUAUGUUUCCAAUAGUUAUGAGAAAAUUAAUAGAAAAUAUACUGUCUAAGGGAAGUGGAUGUUUACUUUCCAAACUUUAGCAGUUACUGGUUAUGGC